AUGAUCGCGUUUUAUAAAAGUCUGUUGACGGCCAUUUGUGCCCUCGCCGGUACUGCCGCGGCUGUCACCCCACUUAUUGUCAGUGGAAAGGAUUUCGUCAAUUCUGAAACCAAUGAGCGUUUCCAGAUCAUCGGUGUUGACUACCAGCCUGGUGGUGAGUCGGGCUUUUCCAGUACUAAGGACCCUCUGAGUCAGAAGGCUGCCUGCUUGCGCGAUGCUGCCCUCAUGCAGCGCCUGGGUAUCAACACUAUCCGUGUCUACAACUUGGAGCCCAGUCUCGAUCACAGCGAGUGUGCCUCUAUCUUCAACGCUGCUGGUAUCUACCUGAUCCUCGAUGUUAACAGCCCCUUCUCAACCGGCUCUCUUAACCGUGUCGAACCUUGGACCACCUAUACCGCUGGAUAUUACAAGCAGGUGUUCGGUGUCAUUGAGGCUUUCAAGAACUUCCCCAAUGUUCUAGGCUUCUUCGCCGGAAACGAGGUUAUCAACGAAGAUGCCACCUGGACUGCGCCCAGGUAUGUCCGCGCUGUCGUUCGUGAUAUGAAGCAGUAUAUCGCCAAGAAUGUCGAUCGUGCAAUUCCUGUUGGAUAUAGUGCCGCGGAUGUUCGUUCCGUCCUGGCAGACACUACCGCCUAUUUCGAGUGCAGUCUUUCAAACUCGACAGAAUCUCAGGCUGACUUCUUUGGUCUGAACUCUUAUUCGUGGUGUGGAGCUGCUUCAUACACCUCCAGCGGCUACAAUGUCCUGACCGAGGACUUCUCCAAUGCCACUCUCCCCGUCUUCUUCUCGGAGUACGGCUGCAACGCUGUCACACCCCGUGAGUUCUCUGAGGUGCAAUCCCUGUACGGCGAGGAUAUGACCCAGGCCUUCUCUGGUGGUCUCGUUUAUGAGUGGACCCAGGAGUCCAACAAUUACGGUCUUGUUGCCAUCAACGACUCAGACACUGUCACCACCCUGAUUGAUUAUACCAACUUGCAGAAGCAGUUUGCUAAGUUGGAUAUGACCCGCAUUGAGUCCAGCAACAGAACCCAGACCAGCGCCAAAGCCCCCGCUUGUGCUGCCGAUAUCAUCACCAGUGGAAAAUUCUACAACGCCUGGGAUCUGCCCGAUGCCCCCUCUAAGGUCUCAGAUUACAUCUCGAGUGGUCUGCCCAGUGCUUCCACUGGCUCCCUUGUAUCCGUCACAGCGACCACCAUCCCCGAGACCGUUUACGACUACACCGGCGCCAAGGUUACUGGUGUCCAGUUCAGCGUUGUGAAAGACGGCACUGCCAAUAGCCCCGCUAGUAUCACUGGUGUUGCUUCUGGCACUAGCACCGCCACCGCUGGCUCUACCGGCACUGGAACUGGAACUGGAACUGGAACUGGAACUGGCACUGAAACUGGCACUGGAACCGGCACUGAAACCACCGGUACUAGUACUGCCUCCACGAGCACGUCGACCCCCAAUGCCGCUAAUGUCAAUGGUGCUUCCCUUGCCUUGGGUGGCUUGAGCGGCGUCUUCAUGCUCCUUGCAUCCUUGCUUUAA